CGGACUGACCCGCGGGUGGACCUGGAGCCGGUCCGCGGCGCCGCACCCGCGCCCCUGCCCCUGGCCGGGCUUCGACCCCUGGCGCCAUGGACAAACUGCCGCCGUCCAUGCGCAAGAGACUCUACAGCCUUCCGCAGCAGGUGGGGGCCAAGGCGUGGAUCAUGGACGAGGAAGAGGACGCCGAGGAGGAGGGGGCUGGGGGCCGCCAAGACCCCAGCCGAAGGAGCAUCCGGCUGCGUCCGCUUCCUUCGCCUUCACCCUCGGCGGCCGCAGGCGGCACGGAACCCCGGGGCGCGGCCCACGGGGCGGCAGACAGCGAAGGGUCGGCCCGCGGCACCGGCAAGUCGAGCACUAACGGCGACUGCAGGCGCUUCCGCGGGAGCCUGGCAUCACUGGGCAGCCGGGGCGGCAGCGGCGCCGGAGCAGGGGGCGGCAGCAGCCACGGGCACCUGCAUGACUCCGCGGAGGAGCGGCGGCUCAUCACCGAGGGCGACGCGUCCCCCGGUGAGGACAGGACGCCCCCGGGCCUGGCGGCCGAGCCCGAGCGCCCUGGCGCCUCGGCUCAGCCCGCAGCCUCGCCGCCGCCGCCCCAGCAGCCGCCGCAGCCGGUCCCCGCCUCCUGCGAGCAGCCCUCGGUGGACACCGCGAUCAAAGUGGAGGGAGGCGCGGCCGCCGGCGACCAGAUCCUCCCCGAGGCGGAGGUGCGCCUGGGCCAGGCCGGCUUUAUGCAGCGCCAGUUCGGGGCCAUGCUCCAGCCUGGGGUCAACAAAUUCUCCCUGCGGAUGUUUGGCAGCCAGAAAGCGGUGGAGCGCGAGCAGGAGAGGGUUAAGUCGGCCGGGUUUUGGAUUAUCCACCCCUACAGCGACUUCAGAUUUUACUGGGACCUGACGAUGCUGCUUCUGAUGGUGGGAAACCUGAUCAUCAUUCCUGUGGGCAUCACCUUCUUCAAGGAUGAGAACACUACACCCUGGAUUGUCUUCAAUGUGGUGUCAGACACUUUCUUCCUCAUCGACUUGGUCCUCAACUUUCGCACAGGGAUUGUGGUGGAGGACAACACAGAGAUCAUUCUGGACCCACAGCGGAUUAAGAUGAAGUACCUCAAAAGCUGGUUCGUGGUGGAUUUCAUCUCCUCCAUCCCUGUGGACUACAUCUUCCUCAUUGUAGAGACACGCAUCGACUCGGAGGUCUACAAGACUGCCCGGGCCCUGCGCAUCGUCCGUUUCACCAAGAUCCUCAGCCUCCUGCGCCUCUUGCGUCUCUCCCGCCUCAUUCGAUAUAUUCACCAGUGGGAAGAGAUCUUCCACAUGACCUACGACCUGGCCAGCGCCGUGGUGCGCAUCGUGAACCUCAUUGGCAUGAUGCUCCUGCUCUGCCACUGGGACGGCUGCCUGCAGUUCCUGGUGCCCAUGCUGCAGGACUUCCCCGAUGACUGCUGGGUGUCCAUCAACAACAUGGUGAACAACUCCUGGGGAAAGCAGUACUCCUACGCCCUCUUCAAGGCCAUGAGCCACAUGCUGUGCAUUGGGUACGGCCGGCAGGCCCCGGUGGGCAUGUCGGACGUCUGGCUCACCAUGCUCAGCAUGAUCGUGGGCGCCACCUGCUACGCCAUGUUCAUUGGCCACGCCACUGCCCUCAUCCAGUCGCUGGACUCCUCCCGGCGCCAGUACCAGGAAAAGUACAAGCAGGUGGAGCAGUACAUGUCCUUCCACAAGCUCCCGCCCGACACCCGGCAGCGCAUCCACGACUACUACGAGCACCGCUACCAGGGCAAGAUGUUCGAUGAGGAGAGCAUUCUGGGCGAGCUGAGUGAGCCCCUGCGGGAGGAGAUCAUCAACUUUAACUGCCGCAAGCUGGUGGCCUCCAUGCCGCUGUUUGCCAACGCGGACCCCAACUUCGUGACCUCCAUGCUGACCAAGCUGCGCUUCGAGGUCUUCCAGCCGGGAGACUACAUCAUCCGCGAAGGCACCAUUGGCAAGAAGAUGUACUUCAUCCAGCACGGUGUGGUCAGCGUGCUCACCAAGGGCAACAAGGAGACCAAGCUGGCGGAUGGCUCCUAUUUUGGAGAGAUCUGCCUGCUGACGAGGGGCCGACGCACAGCCAGCGUCAGGGCUGACACGUACUGCCGCCUCUACUCGCUAAGCGUGGACAACUUCAACGAGGUGCUGGAGGAGUACCCCAUGAUGCGGCGGGCCUUCGAGACCGUGGCGCUGGACCGCCUGGACCGCAUCGGCAAGAAGAACUCCAUCCUCCUUCACAAAGUUCAGCACGACCUCAACUCAGGCGUCUUUAACUACCAGGAAAACGAGAUCAUCCAGCAGAUCGUGCAGCACGACCGGGAGAUGGCGCACUGCGCCCACCGCGUCCAGGCUGCCGCCUCCGGCACGCCGACCCCCACGCCCGUCAUCUGGACCCCGCUGAUCCAGGCACCGCUGCAGGCGGCAGCCGCCACCACUUCCGUGGCCAUCGCCCUCACCCACCACCCGCGCCUGCCCGCUGCCAUCUUCCGGCCUCCCCCGGGGCCGGGGCUUGGCGGCCUCGGGGCGGGGCAGACGCCCAGGCACCUGAAGCGGCUGCAGUCCCUGAUCCCGUCUGCGCUGGGCUCUGCCUCGCCCGCCAGCAGCCCGUCGCAGGCGGACACGCCGUCUUCCUCCUCCUUCCACAUCCAGCAGCUGGCCGGAUUCUCUGCACCUGCCGGCCUGAGCCCGCUCCUGCCCUCGUCCAGCUCCUCCCCACCGCCAGGGGUCUGCGGCGGCUCCUCCCCAGCGCCCACGCCAUCCACCGCUGCAGCCACCGCCACCGCUGGGUUCGGCCACUUCCACAAGGCGCUGGGUGGCUCCCUGUCCUCGUCCGACUCUCCCCUGCUCACGCCGCUGCAGCCAGGCGCCCGCUCCCCACAGACCAACCAGCCUCCGCCCCCGCUGCCCGGGGCCCGGGGCGGCCUGGGACUCCUGGAGCACUUCCUGCCGCCCCCACCCUCAGCCAGGUCCCCGUCGUCCAGCCCUGGGCAGCUGGGCCAGCCUCCCGGGGAGCUGUCCCCCGGCGUGGCCGCUGGCCCUCCAAGUACGCCAGAGACACCCCCUCGGCAGCCUGAGCGGCUGUCCUUGGUGGCAGGGGCCUCUGGGGGGGCGUCUCCUGUAGCCUUUACCCCCCGAGGGGGUCUCAGCCCCCCUGGCCACAGCCCAGGCCCUCCGAGAACUUUCCCAAGUGCCCCGCCCCGGGCCUCUGGCUCCCACGGUUCCCUGCUCCUGCCACCUGCAUCCAGUCCCCCGCCACCCCAGGUCCCCCAGCGCCGGGGCACGCCACCCCUCACCCCGGGCCGCCUCACCCAGGACCUCAAGCUCAUCUCAGCCUCUCAGCCUGCCCUGCCCCAGGACGGGGCGCAGACUCUCCGCAGAGCCUCCCCGCAUUCCUCUGGGGAGUCAAUGGCUGCCUUCCCGCUCUUUCCCAGAGCCGGGGGCGGCAGCGGCAGUGGGGGCCUCGGUCUCCCCGGGAGGCCCUAUGGUGCCAUCCCCGGCCAGCACGUCACUCUGCCUCGGAAGACAUCCUCAGGUUCUUUGCCACCCCCGCUUUCUUUGUUUGGGGCAAGAGCCGCCUCUUCUGGGGGGCCCCCUCUGACUGCUGCUCCCCAGAGGGAACCUGGGGCCCGGUCUGAGCCAGUGCGCUCCAAACUGCCCUCCAACCUCUGAGCUGCGGCCCCGCCCUCCCUCUGCCUCCUCUUUUUUUCUCCCUCCUUUCUUCCUUCAGGUUUAACUGUGAUUAGGAGAUAUACCAAUAACAAUAAUAAUUAUCAUUUAAAAACCCACACCAGAAAAAAAGACAGCAGAAAAUAACCAGGUAUUCUUAGAGCUAUAGAUUUUUGGUCACUUGCUUUUAUAGACUAUUUUAAUACUCAGCACUAGAGGGAGGGAGGGGGGAGGGGAGCAGGCAGGGCCCAAAUGCAAAAGCCAGAGGAAGGCAGGUGGGGGUGACCCAUGUUUGGGGUUCCUAGAACAGACCUGUCAUUGCAUUCAUUUUCAGGCAGUAGCCACCACCAGGCCCUUAGCUGUGAACUUGGAGCCCCACUCUGCUGGGGGUCAUCUCAUUCCUCCAGGAAGGGCUGCCCUUGGGUUUGUUCCUGAGGAGUCCCCUGAGCCCUUGGGACAAAUGGGCCAGGGCCCUGAGAGUCUUGCAUUUUUUUCUACUGCAAACUUAGCAAGAUAUGUAUAUGAAUAUGUAUAUGUUUAUGUAUAUGUAUGUAAGAUGUGUAUAUGUAUAGCUAUGUAGCGCUCUGUAGAGCCAUGCAGAUAGCCACUCACAUGUGUGCACAUGUGUGUGCAAUCUAAUUUAACCCCAUGUUGCCAGGACACCCAGGUCACCUUACAUUCAGCAACCCGCCUUGGCCCGCAGGCUGGGCCACGCAGGGCCUGGGGGAAGGCGUCUCUUUGGUCCUCAGGGAAGAGGACCCCAGGGCCUCUCAGCAGGCCCCCUCCCUCCCCAUUUCUGGUCUCAAAAUCCACUCCCAGCCUCACCUCUUCACAUGGAAGCCGAAGACUCCAGGCCGUGCCUCUCCUUUCCUGUAGGGUCUCAAGCACACCCUGUCACCUCGGUGGCCCUCUGUUUUCCUAUCUGUGCAAAGGGAGGUAAGGGAAACUUCUGUUGACUGAGUCUGCUCUGUGCUGAGCCCUGGUGAAGCACUUACACACAGUAACUUCUUCAGCUGUACAAGGACCAGGAGGUGUAAUUACAUCUCACAGAUGAGGAAUCCAAGUUUGGUAAUUGUUCCAGAAUGGCAUAACUGCAAGUGGCAGAGGUGGGACUGAUCUGAGAUUGUAAUGCAUGCUUACCUGAGGCCAGCGCCGAUGGUUCCUUUUCCUAAGAAAGUCAUGUUGAGAGGGGCUGAGUUUGACAGUCUCCACACAGAGUGCAGAGGGAAGAGACCAGAUUUCAGAGGUAAUCAGACCUGGUUUGAAUCCCAGUCCUGCUGCUUCUUAGGUAUGUCAACUUGGGCAAGUGAUCUGAGCUUUCUGAGUCUGGUCCCCCAUCUGUAAAAUGGGAAUACUUCAAGUACCACCUCGCAAGGACCUAUGAGGACCCGGGGGGAAAAAAGUAGGAAAUGCCCAGCCCAGCGCCCGGCACAGACCACAGUAGGUGCUCAAUAAAUCAUGGUUCUUCUGCCUCCUCUUCCUGUGCCCAGCACAUUGCCCCAGUGAGCUAUGGUGAGAGCCCCGGGAGUGCUGGCUGCGGGCCCCAGGACUUAAGAUCUCAGGACACAGGAGGCAGCUGGACCUUUCUAAGGGCCUGGGGAAGGUGUGUGGCCAGUGGUGGGCUUGAGCCAAGCCUCCAGGUUUGGUAAGAGUUGGAGGGAAGGAGGAAGUGCAUGGUGGGGAUAUGACUGAGGUGCAGGUGGAGGCGUGGAAUCAGGGCUCUGGGAAGAGAUCUAGAGGUGAGUGGUCAGAAGGAAGGCCUUAGGGAACAGGCUCAGGGGCCUGGCUUUGAAUCUAAAGGCAGCUAGGAGCCAGAACAGGAUACAGUGUGGGGGGCCAUUGUGAAAACCGCCCAGACACCUCCUGCCAGAGCCAAAGUCAGUGGUCUACCCACUGCCUAAACGGCGGGAGGAGGUUAGGCGCCAAGACCUGCGUAAAGAGGAGAGCUGGCACUGCCCCAUCCAGAACACUCCUUCACUCUCUAUGCCAGAAUGUUGGCAAGAUCAGGUUUUGUCCUGGGCUGUGGACAAAGUUCCUCCCUAGAUGGGCCACAGGGAGUCUGAGGCAAUCAUCUAGGAGAGAAGAGAGUGAAGGAUCUUAGGGAAAAGACCAGGAGCCACCUGGCUUUCGUCUUUAUGGGACAGAAGGAGCCCCUUGAUCCCAGGGAGCUCUCAGAGCCAUAAAUAGCACCCUCAGCUCGAUUUUUGCACCUGACUCUUCCCCCGCCAAGGAAGGCAGCAGCACUUGCUCCAAACUCAGUCUAGUCCUGGAGGGGGCGGGGGGGGGAAGAGGGAAGAGGAGUGGAGUGGAGGGUCCAGGGCCAUGAAUGGUGAGGACCCUUCCUUGUCAUCAGGGUGUGGCUCCACCACCCUCUUUAAAUGCUCGUGCACACACGCACAUUUUAUAAAAGCUCUGACUCAGCCCAGCUGCUGCCUGAAGACUGGGAAAGCCAGGUCCUGUCAUGGGCCCACCCAACCCUGAUCCCCUACAAGCAAUUUUCAAAUCUUCCACUUUUAAAAUGGAAAACGGUAAAUGUGCCAGGUUGCAUAUUUUAUUUCAAUAAAAAAAAAAUU